AUGUUAAAAGUCAUUGUGAAGACAACAAAUUGGAGCUUUUCUCUCUCUCUUACUUUUACCCUUUCUUUCUUUCCCUUUCUCGAAUUGGUUUUCUCUCUCUCUCACUUCUGCAUCGAUAACCACUCUCUCCUUUGUUUCUUUCGAUUUCUCUCACUUUUUCACUCACUCCGAUACACUCUAUAUUUCCUUCUCCCACUCUCUCUAUAUUUUAUUUUUCUCUCUCACUCUCACUAUUCCCCGUUACCCACUCUUUCAUUUUUUAUUCUCUUUUCUCUUAACCCCCUCCCCGCCUUUAUUUAUUUAUUUUUUUUUCUUUCGUAUUUUCAGAUUUCAUUUUUCCAGAAGGAAAUCAAAAAAAUGGCUUCGUCUUUGAGGAACGACAUAAAAGAAUCGAAAAAGCACCUCGUCGAUUUGCAGGAAGAUGUUGAAGAAUUCGAAAAGCGGCUCCGUCGAGGGAUUGAACGGACGAAGAAAUCGAUUGAACAAUUAUCAAUCGAUUGCGAAUUGAAUUGCUCCAAAGUCUGGCAGGAAUUCGAUGAAUUUCGGAAAGAGACAAGGAUGAAGGCCGAAGAAUUGUGCGGCCAAAUGAGAGAAAAGACAAGCGAAAAAGAAAGGAAAUGGCGCCAAUCCCUCGAAGAGAAAGAAAGACUUUCAUUAAGCGACGACGAAGAAGUUGUUUCUAAUGUACGAUCGCUGGGAGCGGAGCUUUCAGGGCGGCUCCACGAAUCGUUCACUCCUGUUGAGGAAGGUCAUUUUGUUAUGACCUUUCCAGCAUGGUGCCAACGAUCAUUGGACCAACUUCAAGAAGAAAUCGUCGACUUUAAGACGGUAAAGACAUGGCCCCCAAGGGAAUUGGAACUUGAAAGCGAAUUCCGCCUUCGGGGUUCGAACCUGCGGUGGAUUGAAUCGAUUGCCGCCAGCGAAGAAGACGGUCACGUGUUUGUUGUCGAUGGGGGCGACGAUUCGAUCAAGGAAUUCGGUGAGACUGGGGAAUUCGUCGGCCAAUGUCCCUUGAGGGACGAAGGAUUCUUUCCCUGGGACAUUUGUUGUCUUUCCCAAGACAAUUUCGUUAAAAUUCCUCCCACCACUACAUCAUGCAACCUUUCUUUCUUUCUUUCUUUCUUUCUUUCUUUCUUUCUUUCUUUCUAUCUAUCUCUCUUUUCACGUUCUCUCUCCCUUCUUUCUCUGUUAUUCCUCCUUCCUCCCCUUCAUUUACCCCUCCAUACUUUCCCUCCCUUUUUAUCGAAGAAAACGCCCUCCAGUCCAGUGAAAUCUGAACGAAAUCAAAUUUUCAGAUUUCAUUUUUCCUGA